CGAUAAGCUGUAUUCUGUUUCAGUUAUCGUUAGAGCGGUAAUUUGUUUCCAUUGUUGGUUAGUAUGAUACCCGAAGGAUUACCGGAGUUACUGGAGAAGUUCACGGAGAAGGCUAUAUCAGAAAAGCCGACUGAUUUGGUUGAGUUCGCAGCAAAUUAUUUUCAUAACCUUCUGGAAUCAAAAAGUCAACUUGAAGAACAUCGAGUAGGAUAUAUUGGUGCACGUCGACACAGUGUGGCAGCUGAAAGUUUUAAUCCAGCCACAAUAACUGAUUUGGAACCUGUUGUUCAUCCAAAGUCUGUAGCACAAAAACUUCGUUUAGCAUCAGUCGUUAAACCAAUUUUCAUUUUUCGUUCAUUGGAUGAGAUUCAACUGAGAAGAGUAAUCGAUGCGAUAAAAGAAACGCCUGUGACUAAAGGUCAAGUAAUUAUAAAUCAAGGUGAAGAUGGUGAUUAUUUUUAUGUAAUUGAAAGUGGGGACUAUGAUAUAAUCAUAAAUGGGAAUAUAGUAGGAAGUUAUGCUGGAUCGGGUUCCUUUGGAGAAUUAGCACUUAUGUAUAACACUCCUCGAGCGGCUACCAUUAUAGCGAAAACAGAUGGUGUAUUGUGGGCUUUGGAUCGAACAACGUUCCAACAUAUAGUUUUGCGACAGGCAUUUUUAAAACGUCAACUUUAUGAGAACUUGCUGUCUUCAGUUCCGCUUUUAGGGAGUUUAAGUGCAUACGAACGUACUAAUUUGGCGGAUGCCCUUGGGAGUCAUACCUAUGAAGAUGGGACGUGGAUUAUUCAAGAAGGUGAACCGGGAGAGGAAAUGUACUUUAUUGAGGAAGGAUGUGUUGUAAUUUCUACCAAGAAUUCUAAAGGAGAGGAAAUCGUACUCAAACAGCUGCACAAGAAUGAUUAUUUUGGUGAAUUAGCGUUAAUUUUACAUGAACCCAGGAAAGCAUCAGCUCGUGCUGUUGGUAGAACUAAACUUGCAGUUCUGGAUGUAUCAAGUUUUGAACGACUUAUGGGACCAUGUAUAGAAAUUAUGCAACGUGAAAUGGGGCGUUAUCGUACUCAAUUACUUGAAACUUUGGGACCAGAUGAUAUACGUAAUAAUCCUUCAUUGGCAAAAUUCGUAGAAUUCGAACAGUAAUUUCAAAAAAAGAGAAAAUACAAAUAUGUCAACUGUAAUGAAUUAUGAAAACAAACUACAAUUGUCUGUUCUCAUUCAUUUCUUCAUAUAGAUGUUUUACGUAAAUGAUCGUAUUCUCAAUGUUUUGUUGAUGAAUUUCUGUAUCUUUCAUGAAUAUAAACGUUUAACGUUCUCACUGUUUUUUUACAAUAUCUGUAACGUGAUUAUUCUCACUAUUUACACAUACAUUCAAUUAUCGAAUGUAUUUUUAAAAAAACUGAUGUUUAUUAUUAUUAUUAUUAUUAUUA